UAAAUAAAUGAAAUUAUUUUCCCACUAAAAUUUUAAUUGUAACAUAAGAAAUAAUAACACAUAUUUCAAAAAAGAAUAACCAAAUGGCUUUUGGUCCACCUACACGCCGAUUACUGGUAUUGGAUUUCGACGAGACACUGACCUCACUAGACACAACCUAUCUUCUCCGCGAUUUACUGCCUACAUAUCGACGCCCCAAGGAGGAUAAUUUCACCAAAGUUGGCUGGAUCGACUACACGAAUACAUUGCUCAAUAAAUUACGCUCCAUGGGAUUCUCUGCGGGCGAACUACGCCGCCUGAUUGCGACCAUACCGCCCGUUCCAAGUAUCGUGGAAUUUGUACAGCAUCUUCAUGACUCGUGUGAUCCCAAAUAUGACAUCAUCAUCAUAAGCGAUGCCAAUUCUAUCUUCAUUAAAGACUGGUUGGCCAAUCAUCAGCUAACGAAAUGUAUAAAAGCAAUUUUCACGAAUCCUGCUUACGUUGUCUCCAGCGAUGGGCUGCAUGUACGACCAUACCAUGCCACUAAAUGUCCACUGAGUCCACCCAAUAUGUGCAAGCGUACCAUUUUGGAGCACUAUAUGACGAAGAGGCGUGAAAUGGGUGUAAAUUACGAACGAGUCAUUUUAAUUGCGGACGGCGAGCACGAUUACUGUCCUACGUUGGACAUGCGUUCGGAUGACAUCGUAUGCGUGCGCAAGGGAAAAAACCUGGAGAAGAGAAUGCGCUGUUACCGCAAAAAGUGCAAAGUAAGACCGCUUUUAUUGUUGUGGAGUACGGGACACGAAUUGCUGUCUCUGUUGGAGUCAGCGUUGGGCUGUGUGGCUAUUUCAUGCAUUUAGGAUGCUAAUCAAGAUUUUUUGCUUGAUUGAGAAAUAGUUACUAAAAAAAAAAUUAUGUGAAAAUUUUAACAAAAUCAAUCAUUAUUAUAAUGAAGAGCAAUACUGACUUUUUUUUAAUUUUUGCUUAUACCAAUUCCAACAUUCAUAUUUUUGGCAAAAUAAAUUAUGGUAGAAAAAUAACUGCGUAUUUUAUUUUUAUUAUAAUUAUCGUCAUAUCAUUAAUAUAGUAUCAUCAUAGCAUUUAUUUGGGUAAAUGAAUUUCUUUAUUACAGUUAAUUAAUAAUAAGAGCGCAUGCCGCUGCCGAUGGGCCACAACUACUGCGAGAUGCGGGAGGGCGUGUAGAGUCGGGCAGUGCGCUUCUCUGUCAUAGACUUAUGUAUUCGUUUGCUUCUUUAUGCUUAGUUGGUAUUUAAAAACUAAUUAUUAAAAAAUAAUAAAGUAUACAGGAUCCAUGAGAGAAUCUAAAUAUAUAUAUAUAUAUAUAUACAUAUACAUAUGUAUAUGUACGCUUUUUAUUAAUUUAUUUACUAUAUUCUGCUUUGAAAACAAGCCUGAAACUGUGAAGUACUCCUAAAUGUACAUACCUGGUCGCAAACCUAAUAAUCGCAGACAAAAGUAGUGGCAUUUCGAAAGUGCUUCAAGAGAAUGCGAAAUCUUGAAAUAAUUAGAUGUCCAUAUUUAGAAAAAACUAAAUGCUUAGCAUGUAAAUAAAGAGCGUGUCAGACGUGACAAUGCAAGAUAUUUCGAAAACACUGUCAAAUUGAGAAAUUUACAAAUUACAGUUGCAUGAGCAGUCGCACCUUGCAUGUAAAGUAGCUUUCGAAAAGAGUUUUUUAUUGCCGAAAGGCGAGUCGCGGGAAAAAUUUCUUAAACCUAUUUUUGGAUGUUCAUAUAGCGAAUGAAUUUCUGGAAAUCUUUCCCGGCACUAAAAUGCAACCGUGAGCCGCUUUGCUAGUUAUUUGCUAUUUCUCUUUCUUAAACUUUACUUUCAAUUUGAAGAUUAGUUUAUUAUUUGUAGCUAAAUAAUUAAAUCCGCAAAAUAAUUUUUUUUAAAGCAUUUUUGUUAUUUUAUUUAAAUUAUCCGUUAUUAUUUCCCACAAACUCACGAUCAGUGUUACAAGGUAACACUCGAUUAGUUUGAUAGCACUUGCAGCAGUCAGCAGAACUAAAUAUUGCUAGUACAGCACGAGCAAGUUGAAAUAUAUUUGCGAAAUCGAUUGGCGCACUUUGAGCUGCAGUCACACCUUGCAACAUUAAUUUCUGAAACUUAUUUCCCGCAGUGUCAGAAAGGUCGGAAAUAAAAUUUCUUUCUCUCAAUUUAACAGUGAAUUGCAUGAAAAACUUAGAAAUAUUGCCUCGUCUGACAUGCUCUUAAGAAGCAUUCAAAACAUUGCA